ACAUUUAGCAAUAGAAUGGGAUUGAACAAUUAUUAAUAAACCAUGUAUGUCCCUUUAAAAAUGGAAGAUCUCUUCUCCUUGCCACCCCACUCCUCAACAAAGGCCCCCAUCUCUUUCAAUUCUUCUUCCUCUACCACCAAUCUCUCUCUUCAAAAUAUAAGACCAAAAAAGAAGGGAAAAAAAAGAAAAAAUAAAAAUGACAGCAGACAGCAAGAAAUCCCCAGAAAUCCCAGAUUGUUACUACCCAAACAAUCCCAUAUUAAUCACCCCAGAUCGUCCAACACCAAAGGAAUCAUUAUAUCUAUCAAAUCUUGAUGAUCAGAAGUUUUUAAGAUUCUCCAUAAAGUACUUUUACCUCUUUAAAAAAGGAAUAUGUGUGGAAAAACUGAAGAAAUCUCUAUCAAAAGUACUUACAGAGUACUACCCAUUAGCAGGAAGAUUAAGAGGAAGUAAUGAAAAGCUUGAAGUAGAUUGUAAUGGUGAAGGUGCUCUGUUUGCUGAAGCAUUUCUUGAAACAUACUCUGUGGAUGAGUUCUUGGAGUUUUCUAAUAAGCCUAAUAAGUCUUGGAGAAAACUUCUUUACAAAGUUGAUGCUUUUAGCUUCUUGGAUGUUCCUCCACUUGUUAUUCAGGUAACUAAGUUGAGAUGUGGUGGAAUGAUAUUAUGCACAGCCAUCAAUCAUUGUCUAUGUGAUGGUAUUGGCACUUCUCAAUUUCUAAAUGAUUGGUCUUACCUUACUUCUAACCCCAAUUCCGAUCUCCCAAUCCAACCAUUCCAUUCUAGAAACUUGUUAAAACCCAGAUACCCAUUACAAGUGACCUUUCCUCAUUCUGCCUAUGUCAAAAUUACCCCUGAAAUGGAGCAAAAUGACCAUUUUGCUCUCGACAAAUAUUUACAAUCUCAACCCCUUGUUUCCAUUUCCGUUACAUUUAACCUCCCACAAAUCCUUUCCUUAAAAAGUAAAAUCACUCCUUCACAAAAAUGUACCACAUUUGAAGCCCUUGCAUCUCACACGUGGCAAGCUUGGGUUAAAUCAUUAAACUUGUCAAAUCUAGUCAAAGUCAAACUUCUAUUUUCAGUCAACAUUAGGAAGAGACUUAAACCAGAGUUACCAAAAGGGUAUUAUGGGAAUGGAUUUGUGCUUGGAUGUGCUGAGACAACAGUCAAAGAUUUGACCACAAAUAACAUAAGUCAUGGAGUGAAGUUGGUACAACAAGCAAAGUCAACCUUAAAUGAUGAUUGCAUAAGGUCAAUGGUUGACUUUUUAGAGGAUAAAAAAGUCAAAACAGAUUUAUCCACUACACUUGUAAUAUCUCAAUGGUCUAAAUUUGGGUUGGAAGAUCUAGAUUUUGGGUCAGGAAAAGCUUUGCAAAUGGGUCCUGUGGUUAGCGAUAUAUAUUGCUUGUUUUUGCCCGUAAUGAAUCAUCCGGACUCUACUAGAAUUCUCAUUUCAUCACCUCAAAAUAAUGCAGAAAAAUUUGAGUAUUACAUCACUCAAAUUGAUCAGUUCAAUGGUUUUCACAAUGAAGACAUAAAUAAUACUCCGUCUGAUUCUUAAAACUUGCCCGUUCUCUAACUGAUCACAUAUCGAAAUUCACAAUGUAUACCUAAACAUUCCAUAUCUUGUAGUGGAAUAUGUAUUUUUGUACUAACUUUGUAAUUAUAAAACAAGAUAAAUAAUAAUUUUAUAUUAUUUUCUCUUUAUUUAGAGCAUGAAAUAAAUUAUAAAAAUUUUAGCCUCAAAAUUG